AUGGAACAAACACCAGACGCUAAAGCUGAAGAGAUCGACCUGGAGAAGUACACCCAUUCUGGGUCCAUCGCGAACACCACAUUGAAGAAGAUUAUCGAGAAGUGUGUAGAAGGUGCGAAGAUCUGCGAGCUAUGUGACUUUGGAGAGAAGGUCCUGAAGGAGGAGCUGGACAAAGUGUACACAAAAAAAGAAAAAGGAAAUAAAGUGGAAAAGGGGAUUAGUUUCCCUGUGACGAUUAACGUUAACGAAGUGUGCAACAAUUACUCCCCCGCACCUUCCGAUAAUGAAGAGACCAUAAAAAGUGGAGACAUUGUUAAGAUAUGCCUGGGUUGCCAUAUAGAUGGGCACAUCAGUAUGGUUGGGCACACCAUCUACGUCGGCAAAGAAAAUGAAGUCAUCGAAGGUCCCAAGGCGGAAGUAUUAAAGAACGCGCAUACUAUCUCGCAGCUAUUUUUGAAAAGUCUAAAGGUUGGAGUAAACGCCAGUGACAUAACCAAAAAUAUACAGAAGGCAUGUGAAGAAUUAAAAUGUACUGUAAUUCCAAACUGUGUAACUUAUCAGAUUAAGAAGUACAUCUUGGAAGGAAGCAAAUUUAUUUCGCUAAAGGAGAACCCUGAAAAUAAAAUUGAGGACUUCCAGAUAGAAUCUGACGAUAUAUACAUCAUCGACGUGAUGGUCACCACAGGGGAUGGAAAAAUAAAAGAGAGUGAUCAUAAGACAACCAUUUAUAAACGGGAGGUGCAAAAGAAUUAUCACUUGAAAACGAAUUUGGGUAGAUCCUUCAUCAACGAGGUUAAUAAAAAAUUCCCCGUCCUUCCUUUUCAUGUGAAGCAUGUAGAAGAUCAGCGAGCCGCUCUCAUCGGUAUCCCCGAAGCCUUAAGGCAUGACCUAAUCAAACCGUACAAUGUCUAUACGGAGAAGAAAAAAGAAUUUGUGUCUCAGUUUAAGUACACCGUUAUGGUUAAGGAAGAAGGAAUUAAGCAGCUCACUGGUAUCAAGUGUUCUCAACUGAAUAACUGCAAAACGGUGAAUGAAAUCCAGGACGAGACGAUCAAGGCCAUUCUGGCUACGUCCCUGACGGCCAAGAAGAAGAAGUCUAAGGGGAAGCCCAACGGGGAAACGCCCCAGGAUAACUGA